ACACAUUCAGACAAACAAAUACAGAAGGGUAGAGAGAGAGAGAGACCAUGGCGGGCGAACCUGCAAGGGAAGAGCACAUUGACGUUCUGACCAAAACCGGAGAGAAGACUGGCGUCUCCAAACCCAGGGGAGAUAUUCAUCGGGAUGGAGAUUACCACCGUGCAGUUCAUGUCUGGAUUUUCGUAGAGAGUACUCAAGAACUGCUCCUACAACGUCGGUCUGAUAACAAAGAUUCAUGGCCAGGGCAGUGGGAUAUCUCCAGUGCUGGUCAUAUAUCGGCUGGUGAUUCGUCGCUCAUAUCCGCACAGCGAGAGCUUCAUGAGGAGCUAGGCAUAAAGCUUCCAAAGGAUGCCUUUGAAAAGAUAUUUGUUUUUCUCCAAGAAUGUGUCAUUAAUUAUGGGAAAUUCAUCAAUAACGAGUUCAACGACGUGUAUCUGGUGACAGUUCUGCAUCCAAUUCCACUAGAGGCCUUUACUCUUCAGGAAGAGGAAGUCUCGGCUGUAAAAUACAUACCUUAUGAAGAAUACAGAAGCCUUCUGGCUAAGGAAGAUCCUGCUUAUGUGCCAUAUGAUGUGGAUGGAGACUAUGGACAUAUAUUUGACAUAAUCAGGAAGAGGUACCAAGUGAACACUGAGGCACGUAGUUUAUCUCUGCAGAAGCAACUCCAGAGAUAUGCUCAUGUCACCCUUGAAGCAAAGUUGGCAGAACUUUCUGAGGGAGAUCAAAAAGCGUUGGGUCUAAUUGUUAAGGCUGCAAAAAUUGUCGAUGAGAUAUUCUCUGAGCAGGUUUGGUACAGCAAUCCAGCUUUAAGAGAUUGGCUGAAGGGGCAUGCAAAUGCAUCGGAUCUCGAUAAACUAAAAUGGGCAUACUUCCUGAUCAAUAAGAAUCCAUGGUCUUCUCUCGAUGAAAAUGAAGCAUUCUUGACUACUGCAGAUUCAGCUGUAAAGUUGGCUCUUGACGCAACAAAGCCAAUUGCUGGUUGGAAGGGCCUUGAAUAUAGAGUGGCAUUUCCUGUGAUCAAACCGCCUGGUGCUAACUUCUAUCCUCCCGAUAUGGAUAAAGCGGAAUUCACGUUAUGGCUCAACAGUCUCACGGAAGAGCAAAAACAUGAUGCCACCGGAUUUUUCAGUGUUAUAAGAAGGCGCAAUGAAUCUCAUCCAGAUUCUUCUCUAUCUGCCCAUCUCGCAGGCAGCACAAAUGAAAUGCCAGGCUCUGUUUCGGAUCUUUAUAGCAUUCCAUAUUCGCAAAUAUAUCGCCCUUUCCUCACAAAAGCUGCUGAACUAUUGCACAAAGCCGCGGAACUAGCUAGUUCACCGAGUUUGAAGAAGCUGCUACACAGCAAGGCCGAUGCCUUUCUUUCAAAUGAUUACUAUGAGUCGGAUAUCGCAUGGAUGGAUUUGGACUCGAAGUUGGAUAUUACUAUUGGUCCCUAUGAGACAUAUGAAGAUGAACUUUUCGGGUAUAAGGCUACAUUUGAAGCAUUCAUCGGAAUUCGAGACGAUAAAGCGACAGCCGAUCUCAAACUCUUCGGUGACAAUCUAAGGCUAUUGGAAGAAAAUCUUCCACUUGACAACGUUUACAAAUCGAAAGAUGUAUCUGCUGCUCCAAUUCGGGUCAUCCAGCUGAUUUACAAUGCAGGAGAUGUAAAGGGCCCUCAAACUGUUGCUUACAACUUACCAAACGAUGAACGGAUUGUUAACGACCGAGGAACAUCAAUGGUUAUGCUAAAAAAUGUUCAAGAAGCAAAGUUUGAGCAUAUUCUUAAGCCUAUAGCUGAAAUCUGCAUCGGCAAAGAACAGAGAAAGCUCGUUGAUUUCGACUCUUUCUUCACACAUACCAUUUGUCAUGAGUGCUGCCACGGGAUCGGUCCUCAUACCAUCACACUUCCCGAUGGCCGGACAUCUACAGUAAGAAAGGAACUGCAAGAACUCCAUUCUGCCUUGGAAGAAGCAAAAGCGGAUAUAGUUGGUCUCUGGGCAUUGAAGUUUCUCAUCACCAAGGGUUUGCUUUCAGAGGCUAUGAAGGAGACCAUGUAUGUUUCCUUCCUAGCAGGGUGCUUCCGCUCUGUCCGGUUUGGCCUUACGGAAGCUCACGGAAAAGGGCAAGCUCUGCAGUUCAACUGGUUGUACGAGAAGGGAGCCUUCGUUUUCCACCAAGAUCAAACGUUCUCGGUUGAUUUUGCAAAGGUCGAAGGUGCAGUCGAGAGUCUAAGCCGUGAGAUACUCACCAUUCAAGCGAGAGGCGACAAAAAUGCAGCAUUGGCACUUCUUGAGAAGUACUGCACAAUGACAGAGCCACUGAAAGCAGCCCUAGAUAAGCUUGAAAGUGUCAAGGUGCCGGUUGAUAUAGCUCCCACAUUUCCAAUAGCGGAGUCAUUGAUGGACUGAGAGGUGCAGAGCCUAAUCUCAAACUUGUCACUGUAUCUGAAUAAGCUGUUAUGAAUGAUGAAUAAAAAGCAAACUCUCUGAGUUUUGUUCUUUGUUUUUGUGGAUGCAAUUGUGGAAUUCUGUACGGAGGGGACAUCACUCAGGUUUCUUCUCUGUUAAUGAUUUGAUGAACAACUCUGGUUUGGUUCUGUUGAUUCGUUUCUGGUUUC